GCCUGCCUCCCGCAGCCACUCUGGGCUGAGAGGCGGCACUCGAGGGCUCCGCGCGGCGCCGGCGGAGCGGGAGCCGCCGCCAGCAGCCGGGCGGGCAGCGGGGCACAUGGCAUGUCUGAUGGCGGCUUUCUCCUUGGGCACCGCUUUGAACGGCAGCAAUUCUGCUUGCACCAUGGCUGAGCCAAAGUCAGUGUGUGUUUCAGUGGAUGAGGUGGUCUCAAAUGGGACAGAUAACCAAGACAUCCGGCUGAUGAAUGGACAUUUAAGAAAAGUGGACAAUACUCUGACAGAGGCUCAUCGUUUCUCCUACCUGCCCCGCAGACCGGCUGUGAAUAUUGAGUUUAAAGAACUGUCAUACUCUAUCCAAGAAGGGCCAUGGUGGCGGAAGAAAGGUUAUAAGACCCUUUUGAAAGGAAUUUCGGGGAAGUUCAGCAGUGGAGAACUUGUAGCCAUUAUGGGUCCUUCAGGAGCUGGGAAGUCAACGCUCAUGAACAUUCUGGCAGGUUACAGAGAGACGGGAAUGAAAGGAGAAAUCCUCAUCAAUGGACAGCCUCGUGACCUGCGCUCCUUUCGCAAAGUCUCCUGCUACAUCAUGCAAGAUGACAUGCUCCUUCCUCAUCUAACUGUCCAGGAAGCUAUGAUGGUAUCUGCACAUCUGAAACUUCAAGAGAAAGAUGAAGGGAGGAGAGAAAUGGUAAAGGAAAUAUUGACAGCCCUAGGUUUGCUGACCUGUGCCAAUACUAGGACUGGGAGUCUUUCUGGAGGCCAGAGAAAGCGUCUUGCCAUUGCUUUGGAGCUGGUGAACAAUCCCCCUGUGAUGUUUUUCGAUGAACCAACCAGUGGCUUGGAUAGUGCAUCGUGUUUUCAGGUUGUCUCUCUGAUGAAGGCUUUAGCCCAGGGUGGCAGGUCCAUCAUCUGCACGAUUCACCAGCCCAGCGCUAAACUGUUCGAGUUGUUUGAUCAGCUCUAUGUUUUAAGUCAAGGUCAAUGCAUUUACCGUGGAAAGGUACUAAACUUAGUCCCUUACUUGAGAGACUUGGGUUUGAAUUGCCCAACCUAUCACAAUCCAGCAGAUUUUGUUAUGGAAGUAGCAUCUGGUGAAUAUGGAGACCAGAAUGGCCGUCUGGUAAGGGCAGUACGGGAGAGGAUAUGUGACACUGACUACAAGAGAGAUGUUGGUGGUGAGAAUGAGUUGAAUCCCUUCCUCUGGCACCGGCCUUCUGAAGAGGAUUCUUCCUCCACAGAAGGCUGCCACAGCUUCUCUGCCAGCUGCCUAACCCAGUUCUGUAUCCUCUUCAAAAGAACUUUUCUCACCAUCAUGAGAGAUUCGGUCCUGACGCACUUGCGUAUCACCUCACACAUUGGCGUUGGGCUGCUCAUCGGCUUGCUCUACUUAGGCAUUGGCAAUGAAGCUAAGAAAGUCCUCAGCAACUCUGGGUUCCUCUUUUUUUCCAUGUUGUUCCUUAUGUUUGCUGCUCUCAUGCCAACUGUCCUUACAUUUCCUCUUGAGAUGGGAGUAUUUCUUAGAGAGCAUCUGAACUACUGGUACAGCCUGAAAGCCUACUAUCUUGCCAAAACCAUGGCUGAUGUUCCUUUUCAGAUCAUGUUUCCUGUGGCUUACUGCAGCAUUGUGUACUGGAUGACUUCUCAGCCGUCUGAUGCACUCCGAUUCGUCCUAUUUGCAGCCUUGGGAACCAUGACAUCCCUGGUGGCUCAGUCACUGGGUCUUCUCAUAGGUGCAGCCUCUACAUCCCUCCAGGUGGCCACUUUUGUGGGCCCAGUUACUGCCAUCCCAGUGCUUCUCUUCUCUGGGUUUUUUGUCAGCUUUGAUACCAUCCCAACAUACCUCCAGUGGAUGUCCUACAUUUCCUAUGUCAGAUACGGGUUUGAAGGCGUAAUUCUCUCCAUCUAUGGACUGGAUCGAGAGGAUCUGCAUUGUGACAAAGAUGAGACUUGCCAUUUUCAAAAAUCAGAGGCCAUCCUGAGAGAACUGGAUGUAGAAAACGCCAAACUUUACCUGGACUUCAUUGUUCUUGGAAUUUUCUUCUUCUCUCUGCGCCUAAUUGCCUAUUUUGUUCUCAGAUACAAAAUCCGAGCAGAGAGGUAAAGGAAAAACAGCUAAAACAAUGCAGUAGGAAGAUCUUUAGACAUGCAAUAGAGGGCACUUGACAUUGUCUCACUGUGGCAGGCCAGUCUCCAGUGCCCAGCUAGAUGCUGUUAUGACCUAGCCCAUAGAGAACCACAGUGGGGUAGUGGACAUAUAGUGUUAAGCCAAUCAGUCCAGUUGGGUUGGGUCAUGUUUUCAUUACACUUUCUAGCUUUAACUAGGAAGAAGAAAUGGAAGGGAAUUUUACACCACAGAAUAUCAGUACUGAGGCAGUAUAACUGUAGUAAAAUAUCUGGCUGCAGGAGCUUUCCUUAAUGAAAACUACUUUCAUGAUAAGUUCGCCAGGAUACAAGUCCUUGUAGCCAGACUAGUGUAAUGUCAUAAAGUUGGCAAGAUAAUGAGAUUGAAAGUGGGAAAUGCAAAGAAAAUAGGAUUCUCUCAUCUUUUUAAAUUCAGAGUUUCAUCUUUGCAGUUUUCUAUGUAUUAUUUUGCAAUUCUUUUCCACAGAAUUACCCUCUCUGGCCAAAAGCCUGUAAAUGUAUUACUUAAUAAGGUAAAGAUAUCUUUUUAAUAUGGAUACUUUUUUAAAGCAAAGUGAUUCAAGUCAUUAUUUUUGUUUCUGUCUAAAUUUGGAAUUCUGGUGCUUUACUUGUUGAGCUGGUCUCAUAUCUCAAAACUGUAAUGGUACAAGGAAAAGUUGGAUCCUGAGUCCGCACUGAACCUUUGGUCCGUAUUUGAAUGCAUCCAUAGAUAGCACAGGCACUUAGACAAGUUCAAGCUGUUGCUGAAUGAUUGAAAAAAAACCAUUCUGCAGUGUCUUUUAAAUCCUCAAUAUUUGUGAUAUUUAAAAUACUGACUCUGUUCAUUAUCUCUUUGAUCUACCUCCUGUGAAUUUAAAAAUCAAAGCACUCCAAGGCUCAUUUUUUCUUAAAUUGUGAAAGCAGAAUCUAUCCCUAACACCUGAGUGGUUCUUAAAGCCUGAUGGGAAUUCAGGAGCUGUCUGUAGCUCAAAGCUUGGGACAUUGUGUCAGCACACUUGCAGCUGCCUGAUGUGGCAGUAUUGGUUCAUUGUAUCUGCGAGAUGGUAGGUGUAGAACUGUCCUCAAAAUAUACAAAUGACCUUGUAAUACUAUAGGUCUAGUUAUGCCAAGCAGUUUUGUUCUCAUCCCAAUGUCUAUUUGUGUGACAUGGGAACUAAGAGAUAAUCAACCCAAACACCCAUCUAAAGGAAGCAUGCAUUUGUUUUGCCUAUCUCAUCUUUGUAAACUUGAUGGGAAAUUCUUGAGCCAAGUUGAUGUGAAUUUUGUCACUGAUUUUCAUGUGUUUUGUUUUUCAACUCAAAAUGAAAUUGUGGAGCCCCUUACGCAUGUUGGAUACCUUGGUGAACUUCUGUGCAAAUUCCACUACUGUCUGCCAUUAUUGUGUGUUUACCUUCAUGCCACAGACCUCUGAGUCAGACCUGCAAAUUCUAUAAAUGCACUAUUCCUCUCAGUAUGGUGAUGUCUUUGUAGAUUGGAAGCAGCAAAAUGUCAGCAAACCAUUCAGGAGCUCAGCAGCUCAUGGCUGUAGAGCCCAAGAAGAGAGACCUUGCUCAUCUGCUAGCCACCAGCAGCCACAAUUCACACACUUUUUCAAAGACUCCAUGGCUCCAUCUAUACAAGUGAGCUUAAUAGUGCUAGGGACAGCUCUGUCAGUCCUCAGGCAGCUAGGGCAAAUGGGAAAGGUCCCUGUGCUGUACUAACUUCUAGACAUAGCUCAAGCAUUGUCUGGAAAAGCUCUGGCUAUGCUGAGCUACAGCUCUGCCAUUUAGCAUCAAAGACAAUUAAUUGUUUCCCAGUUUCCCUGGCUCAUGCCCAGGCUCUCUUGAUUUACCAACACAGACUUAGACUAUGUGUCUCUGUUAAACUCAGGACACUUGAAUUAAGCCCAAGUUCUGGAAGACCUUAAGUCACAUGUUUUAGAAAGGUUAGCUGAAUGUUCCCUGAGAAUACGAUUGACCUAUGAAAGCAAGGUCAGUCUUUACUGUAGAAGGGAAAAAAACCCAACAAACCCUUACACAAUCUCUUUGCAUACUUCUGUUGCUAAUUUUUCCACACAAAAAAGCUUUCAUGCAACUCUGCAGCUUUCCCAGGCAUAAUCACAAGCGGGUUUGGACCUAGAAGGCUGUCAGAUGUCAGAAAUUAAGAAUCUUGGCUAUUCUAAAUAUUACUCAUAACUGUGACCAGUUUUUAAACAAACUGCAAGCUGAAAUCCCUUGGCACAAUGUGCCUUGGCUGUGUCAAGACUCAAAAUAUUUGUGAAUCUAUCGGGCAGUUCAAAUGCUGUUUGCAAGCAAGCAAAAGACUAGGCCUGACAAAUUAUGCUUGUUAAAUUGCACUUGCUGCACACUGCUGGGCUGGGCGGACAUGAGAGAGUGUGACAUCUAUGUCAUUAAAUACCUUCAGGGUUCAUGUUUUGUGUUUUCCCACACCAUUUACCAAAUACUACAUUGAACAUCCAUUGCAGUGAACAAAACAAAGUAACUUUGCUGACAUUUCAACACUCUUAACUUACACAAUGACAAUGCUGUCUUCUCCUAUCCAGACCCAUUUAGCAGUAUGGGUUCCUUGGAUGCUGUCUUGUUAUUUGUGCUUAUUCCUCUGUUUGUAUUGUAGACUUUCUUAUUUUACCUCCUUAGCCUGCAACUUGUCUUCCUGUAUUGUAACUUUGUGUUGUAUUAUGGUAGCCAAAAGUCUGGUCUUCCAUGCUCUGGAAUAAUUUUUGUGACUAUGUCUUUUUUUUUGUCUUUUUUAUUUUUGGUAUAAUAUGCUUUUUUCCAUCUGUCUGCUGGCAGUAUUUAGCUGAAAGUUACUAUUCUAAGAAACACUUUCAGACUCUACUAUCCCAGUAAAGAAGUAAAUUAAUUAUCUUGAAACUCAGUGCUACAUAUAUAUGAGAUAAUGAUUCUUUCCCUCCUUAGCUCUAAAAUUAACUAACAAUACCUCUUCUCUCACUACUGUGGGACAGAAGCAUUUAAAGUCCAUCCUAGUUAUGUUUUCAUUUACUGCAAAGAUUUUUAACAUAGUCUCAGCUUGGCUUUUUCUCCAUAUUUGUGAAAAUAAAUUCUAACAGGCUGGUCUAAAAUGCUCUCCUGGGUUAAUGGACUGAGCAUGUGUGCUGUAGUGUUAAGCAAAGCACAAUGUGAAGCUCUGGAGGCUUCAUGCAGAAGAAUAGAGGCCAGCAAGAUUCUAAAGACUUCAAGUCCUCGAGUUACUUAGCCAUAUUUAAAUAGCCAUAAACUGGUUGAAAUCAAUGCCAUUAAUACCAUUCAAACCAGUCACAGUUAGACUAACAGUUGCAUGAGAGGCUAGAGGUUGUUGAAGGUCUGUAGGAGACUGAAUGUAUGAUUUCUGUUGGGAUUGCUGGAAGACUCCAGUGUUCUGUUGGCCUCCUUGUUCUGUUUCAACUUGUUUUGAAAUGUUGCUUUGGUUACUAUGUGCAGCAGUUAAGACUUGUGCUUUAAUUGUUUUUUGUUGUUGUUGUUUUGGGGUUUUUUGUUUUCUUGGAGGAAACUUGCUUACAAUUGGAAAGUUGCUGAAAGUUUAAAACAUUAUUAUUUGCAAUUCAAUAAAAGACUUGGAAAGCAGAUUCUA